AAGAAUUCUUAUGAGCCCACAGGGAUGGGACCGUUGUCAGAAAGAGCUGCACUGAGGUCGGGCAGGUGACUGUUUAUAUACUUUAGAGUUGGGACGAGAUUAGGGAUAAUCAAAGUGUUAACAUCAAAACAGCUGAGCUCCUGGAAGAAGGUCACUCUGCCUGUUUCAAGGACUUGUCAAUGGGCUAAGAUAAGUUUGUAGCACGACUACUAAAAUGAGAAAAUUGAGACAGUGAAAAACAAGCUAUCACAGAUUUGAAGAGAAUUGGAAAGAUCAGAGUUCACUGGGGUGAAAGAUACUUAAGGUUGCCAGGAUACCUCUAGGCGACGAAGGCUGGGGCUUCUCUUUCAGGCAGCCACACACACUGUCCCAACUCUUGCAAGAGGAAAUGUGAAUUGUGGCAUGCCCAGCUAAUUCUGCCUGUUUCCACCAACCCCUUCCCUGAGGGGCUCAGCUGGCCAUGCUAAAAGCUGAAGUAGAAGGGUGAAAACAAGUAUCACAAGGUCUGCCUUCUGUGAUCUCGCCACCAUGCCCCUGUUGAUGUGUGCCCUCUGUGUCUAUGAUAUACUGUAACUGUCGGGCUCUCUUUGGACAGAAAACUUCUUUCAAUACAGUAAAAUUCAUAAUGGAAAUUUUCUUCAAAUUUAUUUCAACAUUUAUUGAACAAAUCUUAUCUGCCAGUUAUUCUUCAAGCCAAAGAGGAUACUAGAUCUUGGAAGCAUCUCAGGUUUAAUGAAGACUUUCCAACAUUCCAGACCGCUGCCCUACAAUGAAGCUCUGAGUCACAGUCUUUGGGUCUAAGGAGUUGGCAACAAUGUGGAACCCCAGGACAGCCAACCUGAUGAACCUUCGCUGUAACCAAGAUCCCAAGAGGAGUCUGGCGUGAAGUCAGAGCAUCGAGAAAGACGUGCUUGUUAAUGGAAACAGGAAAGGAAAAAAGGGUUUCCAACAAAUUGCAACAAACUUUCCGCCGUUCUAAAGAACCUACCUUCCUUAUCAGCCAAGCCAUUCUAUCUAGUGACUCCCAGUCCAGCCUUUUGCCAGAAACAGAGCAUGUCAAUCCUGCUGGAAAAGUAAAGACAGGACCUCAGAAAACAAGACCUGGGACGGUGAUACUCUCCAAACGGUCCAGUAGGAGACUUAUGGCGGAGAGUGAGCCCAGCCCGCCUGUGAUCCUGUCCCGCAGGCCUGGGUUCCUCGUGUGCUAUAUCUGCGGCCGAGAAUUUGGCUCCCAAUCAAUUGCCAUUCAUGAACCCCAGUGCUUGGAGAAGUGGCGUCUUGAAAACAGCAAGUUGCCCAAGCACCUGAGGAGGUCAGAACCCUCCAAACCACAGCCUUCAAGGGGCGUUGGGUCCUACAGUCUUCAGGCAGUGAACGAGGCAGCAUUCCAAAGUUCCCAGGCUCAGCUGCUGUCCUGUGACUCCUGUGGCCGCACAUUCUUGCCCGAUCGUCUUCUUGUUCACCAGCGAAGCUGCAAGCCGAAGGACGAGGGGCCCAGAGCACCAAACCCCAACAGUUCUGAUGAUCUCACGGGUGCCAGGAAAGCAUCCGGUGGCCUCCCAGCCCGACCAAAGACUCUCACCUGCUACAUCUGUGGUAGGGAAUUUGGCACUCUGUCCCUUCCUAUUCACGAGCCCAAAUGCCUAGAAAAGUGGAAAGUAGAAAAUGACCGGCUCCCCAGGGAGCUCCGCCGACCACUCCCACAAAAGCCCCAGCCCCUUCCAAUGGGACUGUCCAACCAAGAGGGGCCGAGUCAAGCUCAGCUGGUGCCCUGUGCAAACUGUGGCCGGACCUUUGCCCCAGACCGCCUUCUCGUACACCAGAGAAGCUGUCAAGUUCAACCUAGUGGGCCAAAAGUUCAGAACUUGACCUUAGGGAGUAAAGAUGGCCUGAAAGAGUCCACUAAUUCCAAGCAGCAAAGAAACAUGGCAGCACCCACUGUGACUGAUAAGGGCUACUUAUGAACGUAUUGGAAACGGUCAUUUCAUUCCACUGAAAUUUCUUGCAGCUCAGCUUAACCGUGUCUUUCCAU